AAAUGAUAAAUCCUUGUCAAUCCAAAAGCCCAGAUAUUCAUAGGCAGGAACCUGAUCAAUGGGAGAACAAUUCAAUUAAUAAAUAUAUAGUCCAUUGGAGAAAAAAGUGUGAGAAUUAGAGAAAAACAUAUAUUUAGUGUUGCCCACAUUAAGUCCAACUUUUUUUUAAAAACAGGGCAUUCUGUAAGGCACCAAAGUCAGAUUGCAGCUCUAACAACACCUGGUCAACAGUUGGGACAAUGGCAGACAUAACAGGAUCAUCUGCAUACAGAUGAAUAUUACAAGUUUGAACAAAUAGACCAAUAUUAUGUAUAGAAAUAGUGAAGAGAACAGAUCUCAGUACCGACCCCUGUGGUACACCUUUCCUAAUAUCCAGGAACCUAGACUUGACACCAUCACAAAUCACACACUGUACCCUGUCUGACAGAUCAUUCUCAAACCACUUGCAAGAAGCCUGAUUCAGGCCUAUUUCAGUCAACCUUUGACUGAGAGUGUGAUGGUCAACAGUGUCAAAGUCCUUGGAAAGCUCUAUAAAUAAGGCAGCACAAUGAUUUUUAUGAUCCAAGCAACUUAACGCUUUAUCUAAAAGGAGCAUAGCAGCUGAAACGGUGCUACUGUAUGACCAGGUCUGAAACUCAAUUCACAUUAAGAAUAGAACGAGAAGUUCUUAUCUGUCAGUUGGUCAGGGAUUCUAAAAGUUUGGAAAAGCAAGAUCAUUUGGAGAUUGGAUGGUAGUUAUCUAAGUCAGAAGGAUCUCCUCCUUUUGGUAGGGGGAGGACAUGUGCCACUUUCCAGAUCUUAGGGAUAACACCAGAAACGAUAGUCAAAUUAAAUAUAUACUGUUGGUUAACGGUUCUGCAAUAUUUGGCCAAAGAGCUGCAGUAUUGGUGAACACCGCCAUCUACUGGUCAUGUUUGGUACUGUCCCUGUCCAUGGUGCUGAAUCUGGGUAAAUCACAGCACAUUGCAGUAUCUUAUCUAGAGCAACUAACAAGAGCAAUUAGGGUUAAGUGCCUUGCUCAAGGGCACAUCGACACAUGUUUCACCCAGUUGGCUCGAACCAGCGACCUUUCAGUUACUGGCCCAAAGCUCUUAACCGCUGGGCUACCUCCCGCGCUAAUAGGCCACAUGAAGGGCCACUGCUCACUUUAGGAGAAUUAUACAUUGUUUUAGCCAUAGCAUCACUUGUGUAUAAUUGAACUACAAUUAGAUGCGCUUUUUUUUGUAAAAAAGCAUGUAGAUGAAGAGACAACUAGGCCUUAACAUAUAGGCUUACUAUGCAUGGCGAUGUUUGCCAUCUUAUCAAAGGCUAAUAUGUACAAGAUUAGGUGACUAUUUCUCUCCCAUGUUUCAGAUCAGCGUAUCCUCUUGGACUACCGGUUGAAUUUGCGUUUGUGACAGUUUAACGAAUGAACGGCAGUACGGUAACCAAGAACAGGAAUAUUUGGCAAACGCGAGAUUGAACGGCGAAGAGCAGCUUGCCGUUAGACUGAACGCAGAAUCGCUGUCUCUUGAAUUCACCUUCACAACAUUGAAUAAAACACGAGAGACGGCCGUUUUCCCUUUCCUACCGUUCCUCUUCAACUCUCAAAGGGACAAUAUCUUACUGAACGUCAACAAGCAUUCUGUAACUCUGUUCGUGGAUUGCGUUAUGGUGGACUCUCAAAACACACCCCAGAGAGGUAUAGUCAACCUGGAUGGAUACACGUUGAUUGGAAAGCUGAAGGAUAACCCCGUUUUAGCAGUGCCAUUUGAACUCCAAUCGAUGCACAUUGAUUGUGAUGUGGGGCAAUGACCUACCAGCCAGGACGUCGGUAAGAACCAUUGACAAAACAGACUUCAACCAUUGUAAAUAAACAACAUGAAAGAUGAACAAUAAAUCCGAAGCCAAUAAAUCACAAGCCAUUUAAAUCGCCCGCAAUUAUUUUCAAUUUUCCAUUUGCCCUCUGCACCCAUAAUAAACCCUCCCAGUCUGUUCGGGCGCAGUCCGUGAAUUCUGCCAAUCACUUCCUAUAACUAUGCAGGUCAUGAAUAUGCAUAAGGCUUUGAUGCCUAUGGUACCUCUGGCGGUUCAGUUGGUAGAAACGGAUUCAGUUGGGCGACUUUUUUUGUCGGGGUCCGUCAACCCAACUCAUCCAAGAAAAAGGAAAACAUUUGUACCCGUUCUUGCUGUCCGGGAGAGGGAAGAGCAGGAGAGACCAUGGCUCACGGGCAACUUUUUUGGGUACUUUUGGUGCAGAUUGUCCUUAUUUGCUCCACACAAAGGGCCUCGGGCCCCGUCGGCCCUCCAGGACCCGCAGGUGUCCCAGGAAUUGAUGGCGUCGCUGGUGGGAGGGGAGACGACGGAGAGGAUGGCCCUGCUGGUCCUGAUGGAGAUGCAGGUAAACUAGGCUCAGCCGGGUUGCCAGGUGUGCCCGGGGCUGAUGGUUUGACUGGUCCUACUGGAGACGAAGGUCCCGAUGGUCCCCUUGGACAGAAAGGUGAACCCGGGAAACCAGGGCCUCGUGGACUAGCUGGCGUUGGAGACGAUGGACCCCCUGGACCCCCGGGGCCAGGAGGACUUCCAGGUGAUUUGGGCAAAGGUGGACCCCCUGGUGCUAUGGGAGUGAGAGGACCAACAGGACCUGGUGGAUCAGUAGGGCCGAGAGGUGCAGCAGGGAUGCAGGAUUUGAGUGCAGAGCUGUGCCCUGGUGCCUGUCCACCUGGGACACCUGGUCAUCCCGGCCUCCCUGGCAUGAAGGGUCACAAAGGAGUAAAAGGGGAAGGAGGAGAGCCUGGGAAACAAGGGCACAAGGGUGAAGAGGGUGACCAGGGAACCACAGGGGACCUCGGAUCCCAGGGCCCGACGGGUCCUCAGGGAAUCAGAGGCUCCACUGGAAUGAUGGGGCCCAAAGGUGGACUGGGAGCACGAGGACAUGAUGGAGAUCCAGGUCCCCAGGGUGUUGAAGGAGCCACUGGUGACCAAGGUCAGAGGGGCGUGAUGGGCGAGUUUGGUCCUAAAGGUGAUGAGGGAUCUCAAGGUGGAAGAGGAAUCACAGGUCUUCCUGGGCCCAAGGGAAAGGGUGGUUUGUCAGGAGUGGAUGGCCGUGAAGGUAUUCCUGGAUUGCCAGGUGGAAAGGGCACCAUUGGCAAGGCUGGGUCCCCAGGGGAGGUGGGGCUUCAGGGACUUCCUGGAUUACCUGGUUCUCCUGGCUCUAAAGGAACUGGUGGAGAGAAGGGUAGCUCUGGAGAGGCAGGUCUUCUUGGAACAAUAGGAUCUGCUGGUAAAACAGGAGAGCAAGGCAAAGUAGGAGGUCUAGGACCCAUUGGACCAAUUGGUGGACCGGGAGACAGCGGAGUACAAGGACCAGCCGGUCCACCGGGCAAACCAGGGGCCAGGGGACCUAAAGGAGAUCUUGGUCUUCCUGGUGUUCCCGGACCCCCAGGCCUCCCCGGAGUGAAGGGAGAGAGGGGAGAAGCUGGUGAGGGAGGACCUAAAGGGGAGCAGGGGGGACAAGGUUCUGAGGGAACCUCUGGAGACAAAGGAGAUGUUGGUGACCAAGGGGAAGCUGGACCCAAAGGAGUGGUUGGAAACCCAGGAGAGCCUGGUAACAGAGGGCCAGAGGGUAGCAGAGGGCAGCCUGGCAUCGAGGGCCCAGCUGGUACUUCUGGACCCCGUGGCAUGCAGGGCAACAGGGGCGCACCAGGAAUCAGGGGGUCACAGGGACCGGCGGGUAAAGAACCAAGCGAUCAACACAUCAGACAAGUCUGCAUGAGAGUUAUGCAAGAGCAGCUAGCCCAGUUGGCUGCCAGUCUAAGGAGGCCGGAGUCUGGAGCAGCGGGCCUGCCUGGUAAGCCAGGGCCUCCUGGUCCUGCCGGACCCCCAGGGGACAGUGGCUUCCCUGGGCAGGCUGGCGCAAGAGGACUGCCUGGACUCAAAGGACCUCCAGGACUCCUAGGACUCAAAGGACCCAAAGGUGAAUUGGGCGACAGAGGAGACCGAGGUCCCACGGUGCGAGGGGCCAAGGGCCAGCCAGGACCUCCCGGUCUACCAGGUGAGCCCGGAAAGCCUGGUUACGGCCAGGAGGGACGUGACGGCGAGAGAGGACCUCCAGGUGUUCCUGGCCAGGCUGGUGUACCUGGGCCUCCUGGUAAUGCUGGUCCCAACGGCUACUGCGACCCAUCGUCCUGCAACCUCAGACCGGGGGACAUUGACACCAGCAUCAAGGGCCCGGAGGGAACUAGAAACUAGAGCCACCACCCAGUGGAGGCUGGUGUCACUUUAAAUCUGAGGACUGGAUCUAAUGGCUGUAAUGGAAUGAAUGGAAAAGUUUCAAACACCUUGGAUUCUGUUCCAUUUAUUCCAUUAGAGCCAUCACUAUGACCCAUCCCCCCUUCACCAGCUUCCACUGCCCAACACCCAGAAAGGGGUAGAGACAGAGACAGAGACUAAGAUGGCAGAUGGACAGCUCCCCCAUCCCAACCCUGGGAGCACACAACAUCCUCACAGCCUCUCUACUCUGAAGGCUGUUGCUGUAAAGUGGUCCAUUCUAACGUAUCUGCAGUGUUUUGUGAGAGUGUUCUGUGCUAGCCAGAUCUCUAUCGGAUAUGAAGGAGUCUUCCACUUCCACAAAUGCGAAACAAAACUAAGUAUUUUGUUGCAAAACAAUAAUAAUCCUGAACCUGUUUGGACGUGUAACAGUUUUUUACAUGAUGGAUUCUCUUUUUCUUUUGUUGUUUUCAGAGAUGGGGCUCUAUUUUAAGAUAUUCAUGUUUUGAAGACUAUAUUUGUUUUUAUUCCACCGUCCCUGUAAACCUAGAUGUCCUUAAUAACCACCAGACAAUCACCUGUCCUUAAUAACCACCAGACAAUCACCUGUCCUUAAUAACCACCAGACAAUAACCUGUCCUUAAUAACCACCAGACAAUCACCUGUCCUUAAUAACCACCAGACAAUCUCCUGUCCUUAAUAACCACCAGACAAUCACCUGUCCUUAAUAACCACCAGACAAUAACCUGUCCUUAAUAACCACCAGACAAUCACCUGUCCUUAAUAACCAUCAGACAAUAACCUGUCCUUAAUAACCACCAGACAAUAACCUGUCCUUAAUAACCACCAGACAACACCUGUCCUUAAUAACCACCAGACAAUAACCUGUCCUUAAUAACCACCAGACAAUUCACCUGUCCUUAAUAACCACCAAACAAGCACCUGUCCUUAAUAACCACCAGACAAACCACCUGUCCUUAAUAACCACCAGACAAGCUCCUGUCCUUAAUAACCACCAGACAAGCACCUGUCCUUAAUAACCACCAGACAUUCUCCUGUCCUUAUUAACCACCAGACAAAUACCUGUCCUUAAUAACCACCAGACAAAUGACCUGUCCUUAAUAACCACCAGACAAUAACCUGUCCUUAAUAACCACCAGACAAUUCACCUGUCCUUAAUAACCACCAAACAAGCACCUGUCCUUAAUAACCACCAGACAAACCACCUGUCCUUAAUAACCACCAGACAAUCUCCUGUCCUUAAUAACCACCAGACAAUUCACCUGUCCUUAAUAACCACCAGACAAGCACCUGUCCUUAAUAACCACCAGACAAACCACCUGUCCUUAAUAACCACCAGACAAGCUCCUGUCCUUAAUAACCACCAGACAAGCACCUGUCCUUAAUAACCACCAGACAUUCACCUGUCCUUAUUAACCACCUGGCUGUAUUUUGUAUGUUCCCUUUCCUCCUCUCCUCUCACUGAAACAGCUGUAUACUGUAACCAACAUGUUGAUUUCAGCAGCGGCUCCAUCCACAUCAAAUCACGCUAAAUCCUCCCCAAUAAAGUAAAACCAUAAAGCAAUACCAGGAUUGCCUUUAGCCCAAAGUGUAUUUUUUUCUAUUUGUAAUGUACUGCAUCAUGUUCUAUAUUGAAGUAUCAUAUACCAAAGAUAAGACCUGGUGAAAAACAGGGAUAUCAGUUUGUACAGAAAGUACCUGGGGUAUUUCCAGCCCCCCUGCUUUCCUCCCAGAAAUCUAAAUAAAGAGAUAGAAGAUAGGACUGACACCAAGCCACACUGACUGACGGACCUUCCAUAUGCGCUGUACAUCUCUGUAAAUUGUUUUCAAUUGUGGUUAAUUAUAUUUCCUACAAAAAAAUAACUAUCCUAAUGAUUGAAUGUGAGGUUUGUUCUCAUUGUACAGUGUGAGGAGGAUUCUGAGAGAUGAUUAUUUUGAAAAUAAAUGGAAUAUUCCCUUCACAGUA